AUGUCGUUAGAAACAUAUUUAAGAAUUUCUUUCAACAAGGAAAUCAUUCAACGAAUCAACUUGCCAUCUGAUCAGAAUACAUUUGUGAACUUUGGCUUCUGUGUGAAAUCAAUUGAACUUCAAUCUUUAGCAUUUUUUGUUGGAUUCACAAGAAUUAACUUUUCAGACAUCAUCAGAUCAAAUGGAACGUUUCACAAAAGUUGUUUGAUUGUCAAUGAAAGUGACUUGAAAGUUGGAUGUUUCAAUGUUAAACUUGAGCUGGGGAUCAACGAACUUCACUUCGGAAAGCACUUGAUGGAUGCACUUUACGGACAUAAGGAAAACAUUUCAAUUUCACUAUCAAACAAUCAAGAUUUUGUGCCCCAAAAUAAACCAGUGACGCUAAUUCAUCAAAAUGUUCAGACGCAAACUCAUCCAAGUCAUUCGAAUGACGACUGCGAUGCUGACCGUGACUACGGAAAUAAAAAUUUGCAAACUGAUAAAAGUUCAGCGAACAAAAAUCGAAACAAUUUAAACUUUGACAUUGAAUCUGAUGAAAAAGACUCGCAAAUGGUUGAUGUUGGAAAAGAGAACAGUAAUUUGCGAACAAAAGUUUAUCGCGGUCUUUUAUUCAUUGAAGGUUUGCGUAAUGUCAAAGAUCAAUUACAAUCUGAAUAUUUUAUAACGUAUGAUGGCUUCUGGAAUGAGUGCCAGGAAUCAACUGAGUCUUAUGAUUCUUUUACUUUCAAUUAUCUUAAGCAAUUUCCGGUCAUCUGCGACGAUUCGUUUCUCAAGAAAGUUCAAAACAAUCAUCUUGAACUGAAACUAUGGGAAAAAACUUCUCGAUCUGAGAAAUGGUUGGGAUCAACCAGAGUUCCGCUUCAUCAAUUUUACAUCGCAUUUCGAGAUGUUGCAAUGAUUGAACAUCUGAGCACAAAUCAAUUGCCGAUUAUUUCCAUCGAUACUUGGUGCAAUUUCAUUUCGCCACUUUCAAGUGAACUUUUUUGUCAAGGAAAAGUUUUAUUAGCGAUUGGAAAUGAGAAUCAAAUUGAAUAUUUCAAAUUGAUGAGAAAUCUUCACAAUCUUCCGUUACCAGUUCGAAAUAAAUCAGCAGCAGUUCAAGUUGAUUCCAACAUUCAAAUCAAGAAUAAAUUGUCAGCUUUCAUUGAAAGCCUUUCACAGAAACUUCCCGAGCCAAGUGUUACGAAUAAUCAUUUUCAAAAGAACUCUGCAGUGUCAUCAUCAGCAGCAUCUUCAUCGUCGUUAUCAUCGCGAAAUCAACCGGAACUUCGGAAAACUUCAGAACUUCUUGAGACUCUUCAAAAAGCUCUCGCACAACCUCCACCGAAUGUAAACUUCACAACUCCACCAAGCGCCGCAGUUCAUCAACAACAUGUCGAAUCUGAUUCAUCUUCUGGAUCAAUUUCUCAAAAUAUCAUUAAAAUGCUUGUGUCAAUCGAACAUGCAACUCAUUUACCGGAAGUUGUGAUUAAGAAGAAACAUAAUCGAAGGAAGAAUAAAAAUUCUUCUGCACCACAACGGACAGAAUUUGAGCCAUCAACUUAUGCCACUUUCGAAACGUCUCUGGAGCGAAUAAACGAAAAUUUACUUCCAGAAAAUGUCGUUAAAUCUCACGAAGGCUUUGUACAUUGUACAAAAGUCGUUAAAUCGUCAUGUGAUCCUCAAUGGAAUCAGGAAUUUAAUGUGCAAUUACCUUUAGAUAUUCUCAUGAACCCACAAAAAAGAUUUGUUGUGAAAGUGUGGCGUAAAGUCGCACAAGAUUCGGAAAUGAAAGCAGCUCCAUUUGAAGAUGCUGUGAUUGGCUUUUCAGCUGUCGAUUUGAGUGUUUUAAUGACAGGUUUGCCAGUCUUGUCGGGUUAUUACAACAUCAUGGACUUUUCUGGACGAUGCAAUGGACAAAUUAAGUUGAGCUUUAAACCUUUAGAUGAUUUACUUCAAUAUCAAGAUUCAUCAACUUCCCUGCCAAUCAUGCAAUCGUUGAUGCAUCCUUUGAACAUCGAUGUUGGCAGUUCUGAUGAUGGAUCAAAUCUUUUGAGUAGAACAUUAAAAAGAAAAUUCACUGAACUUGAUGAGAUUACUCAACGGUUAAAAGCUCGUUUGUUUGAUGUAACUGGCGAUGAGAAUUUCGAUCCUGAGGAUGAAUUUGAAAGAGAUUUGAACACUGCUGUUGAUGAGAUGGACGAGGAUGAAGGAAAUCAACAAGAUUUUGCAUGGUUGAAGCAAAAUCCAAUUGAAAUGCAACUCAACGCUUUAUUAGAUUCACAACCUUCAACAUCGAAAGGUUUUGUGGAAAAGUCUCCAAUUCUUCCAGCACAACGAGAAGUGUCUGGAUGUUCAAGUGACAAUCCUCCCCAUAUGGGAAUCGAUCAACUUCUUAAGAAAUAUGACUUAGAUACGCUCAUCAAUCCAAAUAUUUUUAAGAAUAUUUUAGAUCCAACGCUUGCCAACAGCGACUCAACACCAACACUUAAUCCGCAGCCAAUCAAUGUUGAUGUGUCGGGCGAUUCUGGCGACACAACCGUUUCAAGUAUUCUCUCAAAUGAUCAAGUUCAGACAAUACAAAAAGCUUUUCAAAAGGCGUCGUUAGCUGAAGGAAGUGAAAGUUCAUCGAGAAAAGAUCCUGACGGCGAAAAUAAUUUUAGCGAAUAA